UUUUAAUAUAUCAAAUCCCUUAAUCACCUUUCUUGUCCUACCACAGUACUGUAAUAACAAACCAAGUAAUUAAUAAUUUGCUGCCCUUUAAUGUCAUGCUAACUCUGCUGCUUAGACUUGCUCUUCUCUGUGAGAAAGCCGUUCCUGAUUUUUUUUUUCUCUCCUUCCAACUACAAAGUAUCUCAGCGAAUUUUUCUUUGUUGCUAGCUUUACUUUGUAAGGACCACUGUCCCUUGAUAAUGCUGAUAUAUUACAUAAUGUUUUCUUUAUCUCCACACAAUGUAGUUCAGAUUCUUGAAUGACAGUAUAUCUUAGAUUUUCAACUUUCCUAAUACUAGUACAUUCCUUAGUCUCCCUCAUACAGGUAAAUGAUGUAUGCCAAUCUGCAAAGAGGCAAUGAAGAAUUACUGAGAAGAGCUAUUUUCUCUUUUUUUAGGAAAAAGACAUGUAAAAUUGAGAAACUUUGUCACAGAUCAUCUCUGAUGUAACUGGUUGUUACUCUUCAGCUAAAAGCACAUCUGUGUCAUAGCAGCAUUUCUUUCAGCUUCUGUAACUGAACCUGCAAUAAACAUUGGCUAGGUUCAUAUAUCAUGUUAAGCCACCUUAUUAAGCGUGGUUUGUUGAAUAAAGCACAAUUGGAUGGGUUCACACAUACAACUGAGUAAUAAACCAUGGCUCAUAAACCAUAAUGGCUAGGUAUAUGUAACAUGCAAAGCCAACCCCAAAUCAUAAUAUGGCUUGAUGCGAUGUAAGAACCUAAUCAUAGUUCCUUUGUUCUUUCUGUCACUGCAGAAAGAAAAAUGCAGGUUUCAGGUUCCCACUCAAUUAUGGAACUUAUCUGGCUGAUUUAGAUCAACUACAAACUCUCAGCCCAAUCUAUCUCCCAAGCUUGUUAUGAGGUUAAAAUAAGAUGAGAGCCUCAGAUGCAUAAUUUUAGGCUCCUAGAGCAGGGGUGUCAAACUGACGGCCUGUGGGCCGAAUGCGUUAUGCCAAAACCGCGCCCACCCCAUUGCCAGCAAUGGAAAAAAAAGUCGCGAUAUGUCGCGACACAUCACAUGAUGUUGCAAGUUUGAAACCCCUGUCCUAGAGGAAUUAAAGAGAGGUACUUUUUAGAAGGGAAAUAUUUGGAAGUCCCAUUUGUUCCAGUGGCUCAUAGAAAAUUAUUCAGGAGAAACUGUUGAGUAGUCUGUAUUCUUGGAUGCCAAAACAAAUGUUCCCCUUGGCUUCAAUGUUUUAUUACUUGGAUUCUUAGAGAGCAAAUACUUGCCUUCUUGCAUAUUAACUUCUCUCUUGUUUCUUUCUAGUCCUACGGUGGAUAUAUUACAUCGCUGGCACUUGGGUCGGGUACUGGCAUGUUUAAGUGUGGAAUAGCUGUGGCUCCUGUUUCCAGCUGGGAAUAUUAUGCAUCUAUCUACACUGAACGAUUUAUGGGUCUUCCAACUGAAUCUGACAAUCUUGAGCAUUACAAAAAUUCAACAGUGAUGGCAAGGGCUCAGAAUUUCCACAAUGUGGAUUACCUUCUCAUCCAUGGAACGGCAGAUGACAAUGUACAUUUUCAGAACUCGGCACAGAUCUCCAAAGCCUUAGUCAAUGCACAAGUGGAUUUUCAAGCAAUGUGGUACACGGACCAAAACCAUGCAAUUCCAGGCCUUUCUUUAAAGCAUCUCUACAUUCAUAUGACACAUUUCCUGAAACAGUGUUUUUCUCUGCCUUAAGGAAUCCUCUCUUCUGUCUUGAUUCCAAGACAAAGCAAUGUUAAUUGUGCAAACUAUGGACAUUCCAAGAGUAGGGUAAAAAUGGAAUUAAAGAGGUAUCAAUGACUCUCACUGACCCUUGGGAAAAAAAUUGCUUGGGAAUUUUUGUUAGCUAAGAAACAAAUGAAUAAAAAUAAAAGUGUGAAAUAAU